GCCUCACCACCCGCUCUUUGCUCUUUUGGAAAGAGAGGACAGAAAGGGAGUAUUUUGGGGGAAUACGAAUUAUGGAGAAUCGCAGAGAAAGAUAUAUUCUUGUGCAAGAUCGUGUGGGCUAUGUGCAAGAGAAAAGCGUGUUGUCUUUUUUGAGUGGAAUAAAGUCAACACCUACACAGAUUUUCAAAGGAGAGUUACUGGAGGCUCUCCCAGAAACGGAGCAACCUAACGACUCAACAAGAAUAGCUCUUGCUGGAAUUGAUCGGAAAAAUUUACGUCUUGAAUGUGAUAAGGAAGGCAUAGCGAAAGUAACAAGCGAAGAUGCUAACUUGCUUUUGGCUAUUUCUUCAGUAGUUUCAAGGUAUCAGACUUUUAUUAAUAAGAAACGAUUAGAUUUCGGGCGACAGAUCUUACCCGGAAGGCAGGUGCUUGUGGAAGUGAAAGGAAUUUCCAAGAAAUUACAUGGAACUGCGUGGUACAUUGGCGAAUUACCAUCCCUUCAUGGAACCUAUUUUGGUGUACAGUUGAUUGUAAGUAUUUUUUUAAAAUACUUAAAUACGUUGAUAAAAUACUCCUAAAAACAGUGUACGCCAUACCAGUGCGGAUCGAGUGUAUAUAAUUUUUUUAUCUUAGAUAAUUUUUAUUUUUCUUUUCCUUCAACUUCAUUUGCAUACAUUACCAUACUCCAAAACAAAAGAAAAACAAAAAUUACCUGAGAUGAAAAAUUAACUAGAACAUAUACUUUAUUGCUGAUGCUUGAAACUGUUUUAAUCAAUUUCAAUUGCAAUCUGUGAGAUAGAUUUAGUAAGAGUGGGUGGCAAUAUCCUUGGGGAGAUCAAGGCAAAAUUGACCUCGGUGGAUCAAGUGGAUUUUGGUGAUGGCCUAACAACUUGCAAAGGCCCGUUUCAAACGCUGUGCCAAACUCGAUCAAUUGAUCAAAUUAAAUUCAACUUUAGCACGGCGGUAGCGUGACGUUUGAAACCAAGUCAUGCUAUUGCCGUGUAGCAUAGUAAGCCUUGCCUGGCCUUGCUACACAGCAGUAGCUCGACUUUUGGUUUCAAACGUUGUGCUACCGCCGUGCCAUACUCAAUUCAUAAAUUAUAUAAUAUACAUUAAAAUACAUUUAAAAGUUUGCUAAAUUGCUUCUUUAGUUUUGUGUUUUGUUUUCGGCAACAGCUGCUCUAUUUGUGCCUAAAUUAAAUUCUGAAACCAAGUCGUGCUAGUGUGGUGCUGCAGUCGAGCCAGCUUAGCACUUCAGUAGCACAACGUUUGAAACUGGCCUAAGCUUGUUCUGGGGUGCUUAUCAUUUCAAUUUGACAGAUAAAUCUGGUUCGGCUACCUAGUGGCAUGAUGGUAAGUAAAAAUCUACCCAUUUACUGCAGAAUUGCCAAUUAUAUUACGGGUUUGAAUCACCAAAAGGUGCAAAUACACAUGGCUGGUUCCCCGGGGGACUCCCAUAUGAAACAGACGGGGAUGCUUGUCGACUCGCUUAGGGGUGUAAAUUUUGGAUUUUGGUCUCGCUUAUAUACCUGCCAACUUUUUCUGAGAUAUAAGCGUGAGAUUUUUAUCCUGGGAGUGCUGGGAUUUUUGAAGACGACACAAUCAUUUCCGAAGAUUCCCAAAGAAGUCCGAAGUCUUCCGAAGACGUCCGAAGUCUGCCGAAGGCGAAGUUUUCACUUGCUUUUCACUUCAAAAAUCAGAGAUCGCGAGGAAGGUAUUGUCAUUUAUUCAUUUUACACAUGGUUUUUGUUCCUUACAUGGGUCUGAGUUAACAUAUUUUUGGAAAUUGUGUCAAGCAAGACGGCAACAACUCACAUUUUUCAAUCAGGCGUGAGAAAUUGGCCCGCAAGCAUGAGCCGGCGUCAGAUCGAAGUUUUCAACCCGCAGGUGUGAGACUCACGCCUAAGGCGUGAGAGUUGGCAGGUAUACGCUUAGGGUGUUCCGGGCAAAGCGCCAAUAUUUUAAGCCGCCAAGGUCUUGUUUAGGGUUCCGCAAAGAACUUGAGAUUUAUGACAAUGCUUUUAAAAACUACUUUUAGAUAAAAGCAUUCGAUGAUUAUGUCUUUAUAUUAUUAAAACUCAUUGCAUGUCAUAUUUGUGUGUUUUUAGGAGGUCUCUUUUAGGGGUCAAAAUUUGCUUAAGCUAUGCCCAGAUUGGUCUGUUUUAGGGGUCACAAAAAGCUUGAGGCACGCCAGAUGGUCUCCUUUAGGGGUUAAAUUCAAAAUUUCCGACAAGCAUCCCAUCUGUUUCAUAUGGGAGUCCCCCCUCCCAGGGCUGGUUCACUGGGAAAGUGGUACAUCAGUGGUGUAUUACUUACGACAUGAGAUUCUGUGAGAAAAUCAUGUUUAUUAGGAAGCACAAAUUAUGAUAGCUUCAAACUUUGUUGACAAGUUGUGUCUAGCCUGCGUAGCAAGCCUUUCCGUGCAAGUUAGCUGAGAAAGUUGGGAUGAGAGAAAAAAAAGGAAUGACGGGAGAGGGGGAGGGGAAAGAAGGAAACGCUUGCCUGCAAACCCCUGUGACUGUUCUGAAAAACUGUGUUCGCCCACGAGCUCAGCUUCUGAUUGGGACGGUGCUGGUAGUGUUGGUUACUUAGCACUCGAAACAUCAAUCAAACCAGGUAUGCUUUGUUUUUCGUGCGUCACAGAUCUGGUCUCAUCUGAUUUGUGGUUGCAAAUUACAAAUACUUCGACUGAUAUUUAUUUGAAUUGUGUUUGUGUGAAGGUUUAUGAGCUCAGAGUCUUCAAAGUAUAAUUGGAGAUCGAGCAGUGUUGACUAGGGAAGGCCAAUGUAUUGGGAAUGACGGCGUGUGGAUCUGACUGGAAAAAAUGGACUGUUUGUUGGAGAUAAAUCAGAAGAUGGGUACUUGAGCCUAACUAAAGCCACCAUGGACAAGCGAUUGAUCAGCUUUUUGAAAGGAAAAGGUUCUAUUUGUUUAUUGCAAAUUUAGCGGCAUGUAUUGUAGAGAACGUUUCAACACGGGCCGAAGAGCAGCCCCUCUGCAAAACUUAUAGCUGGCGGAGUAAAUUGUUCAGGACAAGCUUUCAGACGAGAUAAAGGCACACAAUAAAAUACAAGAAAUUCCACAGCAAUCGCUCAGAGUUUUAACCUUCUUUUAUCGUAAACCUUUUUUAUUACAGUUUUUGCAGUCAUCUGAAAGUCGUGUUCUAUUAGAGAACAAUUCAAAGUAAUGUUAAAAAUCUGGUCAUCCAUGGUUAAUCUGUUAUACUUCUACUUUGAUGAGCUGUCAAUUUACAAUGAACCAAACUGUGAAAUAUCAAGGGGCAUUUUCCAGAAUCAUGGGGUUUGCGGGCAAGCAUUUCCUCUUCUCCCCUCACCCUCCCCCUCCCACCUUUUUUUUUUUGGUUGAUCUGGCUCUAACUUUCGCGCAAUAACUUGAUUGGAAACGCUUGCUACGCAGGCUAAGUUGUGUCUUGUUGUCAUGGCUGUUGAACUGCAACCUACAACAUAGUUAAUCUGGAGGCAUUUUCUGAACGAAACUGUUAAAAAACCCAACAUUUUGAAACCAAGUGACCCAAGGUUUAAGUUUAUUUGGCUGAAGUUACUUUACACAGGGGUUACAUAUGCAUCUGGGCUCAGUUGUUAACGUUCCACUGAAUAUAUAUUUAUCCUAGUUUUCUUAAUACUUAUCCACUGGAUUGUGAUUUAUCCAGUGAAUAGUGCUAUCCACCAUUUGAACAACUUGUGCCUUAUGAUCUAAAGAUUAGAUCAGGCUAAGCCUAUCCCUGGUUGCUGUCCCUGACUCAAUAAUAUUGUUUUUCUUAUUAUGUAUCAGUCAAAUGGAAGCUUCAAUGUCCCUCCCAGUAUACCCAUUUGACACAUUUGCAGGGCCUCCAUUGCUGUAGAAAUAGAUCCUGUUCCUAAUACCUGCCAUCUUUGCAUGCUCUUAAGGACUAAAGGGGUAUUAAAAUAAUGUCAUUUGAUUUGUCAGGGGGAAAACUAAAAAGGGAUAAAAUUUGCCAUUUAUUCAAGAAACCAUGGUCAAGGGGCUGUGAUGGGGGUGGGGGGUUCUGUGAUGUGGUUUGGAUUCGGUGAUAAAACUUUUUUUUUUGGUGUUAACAUAGGUUGUGUUUUCACCAGGACAAUUGUGAUUACAAUCAGUGACAAAACUGUUGAGACAUUGGGCUCAAAUAGGGUAACUUCAGAGAACAAAAGAAUCGACACCACUUCCCUGUCCCCUCCAUUCAACAUUGGGGUGUUUAUUUUCCCCUUUGAAGUCAGUAAAGUGUAAAAAAGCCCAGUUUAGGGUGGGGUGUCUCACCCGAUUGUCGCUGAUUGUAGAUAAAGCCAGAAAAGUCUGGGAAUACAGUGAAAACACCUUUUGUUGUUUUAAGCUAGUUAAAAAUGCAAGCUGUUUUCACAAGCAAAAAUGAGGGAUUUUCUCACCUUUACGACCAGAAAUUCAAGCAGAGCUAUACUAUCUUGCAAGAUGGUAUACCCACAGCCAAUCGGGUCACUCAUAGUGACAGAUGCCUGCCAAAUAAUCUGGUAACAAUCACCUCCUGGUUGAGCAUCAGAGAACUUUAACAUGGCAAAUGAUUUCAACAAUCAUUUCUUUCAAUUUACAUUCCCACCAACCCCAUUGGAUCCUCCAGUUCCUCUUCAGGCCCUUAACUUUUUCAGAGGACUGGUGUGCAGAACCAUUUACCACAUUACAACCCAUCAAAAGUAUUUCCACUACCAUUUAUGCCUCACCUGUCUCCUUCUACAAGCAGCGAGACAUACAUGUAGCUGCUAUCGCUGAAAAAACUCUUUCUGCUUCACAAUCAUAUGGCUAGAAUAAUCAUAAGAGAAGUCAUGGGGAACAGGGUAUAGGAACAGGGUAUAGUUUUUGUAUGGUUUUUGUCUUGUCCUGUAAAAAGGGUAUAUAAUUACUAAUUUUGCAUGCCAGUCUGUCCUUGAGAGGGUAAAUAAUUUUGUGCAAACUGUCCUAUUAUUGCGAACGGGUAUAGCCUGCACAAUUGAGUUGAUUUGUUUGAUGAAAUUUGCUUUGUGCUCCAAGUAUACAAAAGCAGGGACUAUGAAGUUGAUAUUCUCAAUUGCAAUUACCAUUAAAUGACUUUUAAUAAAGGCAAAGUUCAUUUUGUCGGUUUUUCCUUAACAGGGUAAUCUAAUUCAUAGUGUUGUCCUAAACAGGUUAUGUAUUUUAGGAUAUUUAUUUCGAAUUUAUUAUCCUUAUCAGGGUGGCUUUCAAACCCUGACAGCCACUCGUCUCUACCCAAUGGUUGUAAUGAGUAACCUCCCCCCUCCCCAGGCAUUUUCCCAUUUGCUUUGUUGUUUGUUUGCACCAAAUUUAGUGAUCCUUAAUACACAAAUAGUUCCGUGAUUGAGGUCAAAUGGUAAAGGAGGGUCUCCAAUAGGUUUUUUGGGAUCCAGAAUUUGCCUUAUUUGAAGGCCAGGAAUUUUUUGGAUUUAAAAGCAAAUUAGAGGGGGCAAGAUUCCGAAAUGCCAAUAUAUUGGGGUUGUAGGAUGCCCAUAAAAACCAUACGGAUUAGGAAUUGAGCAAAAAUCUGGACUGGGAUGAUGGGAUUGGAGAAUGUAAUCCUUGGGACCUCUGCAUAAUUAUGAAGAGUAGACUCAAUCACAAGCUGCCCAUCCCCUACUCAUGGGCAUUUGUUUGGCCGUAAUUGUCAGAGAUAUUGCUUGAAGCUGUGCCUGGUAAAUGGAUGUUUAAUAUGGCAUUAGCAAAACAGUAAUAGGUUUUUUCUUUAUUUUUAAGGUAUGUCAUGUAAUCUGGGAAUUAGCUGUUUGUUGUGUAUUUUCCCUGGCACAACAGACACCAGUGCUGAGUGAGAUCUGUGGGAUGGGGUUUUCUUCACUUCUGAUCUUGAUCUUGUUUUGUCCUUGUCAUAUUUUCAUUUAAAUAAACAAAAGAUCCAUUCUGUCUCUCAUUUAAAUUGGACUUGGUCAAUGGACCCUAAUACUUUAGUUCAGAAUUUGUCAUAGACCUUUGGUACACUGUAAGAUAUUUCUAUUAUUGAACUGUUUACUGUCAAGAUUGAUAUUAGUUUUUCUUUUUUAUUUUAAUACCUUCUAGAAAAAUCCUGGCCAAGGAACAACAGAUGGUACAUUCAGGGGCCAGGGGUAUUUUCAUUGUCCCCCAGAUUCGGGAGUUUUUGUUGCUCUUGAUAAACUUGCACCUUUUUUUGAAAUUAAUGAACGAGUUGUGACAUUUGCUGGCGAUGCUCCAGUCAGAGGAACUGUUCGUUUUAUUGGUGAGGACAAAGGCUCACAUGGACAAGUUCACACCAUUGUAGGAUUAGAGCUGGUGAGUGACAUAGUUAAUGUAGUCGUUACAUGUAGAAUACACUUCGACUUGCUCGAAAAGCACUCUAAUAUCUUUUCAGUUCUUUCUAAAUUAAGCUUAUAGUGUAAACUUUGGUAUCUAAAGGCCUUUUGGGAUAUUGAUGUCCAUUUAUUAUUCCCCGGAAAUGACGUACAUGAAUUAAAAUUCUUGUAUUUUUGCAUAUAAUAGCAGGAUACCAACUACAAAUUUGAAUCGCAAUAUGCAGGGAAUUUGUUUGUUUGUUCAUUUUGCAAUGAAGAGCCUGCUUGGUGACAACUUUACUGGAAAUGAAAAGUUGCUCAAAAAUUGCCGGAUUUUGAUGCAAGCCUUAAAGCUUUGUUGUACUUUUUUGAGAAGAAUUUUAACUUUCAAAUGAGGAAAACUUUCAGUUUUGCUCUAAUUUUGGUUUUUAAUCUCGUGGAUACAUAACGGGUAUCUGCCAGUUGUUGAGGUGGUAUCAUGAAAACAACGUAAUGUCGUUGUUGCCGAUGUGCGCAUAAUAAGUUCACAUUGGCCGUGCAUUCACUCAGGCAACCUCGUGAGAGAGACCGUAAAAGUUUCACCCCAGAACUGGUGCAAAGUUUCGCAGCAAAAGCCAGUAGUCGUACGUGGUCAGUCCGGCAAUCACCGUAAAAGUUUCACACCAGGACUGGUGCAAAGUUUCGCAGCAAAAGCCAUAAGUCGUAGGUAGUCAGUCAGGCAAUCACCGUAAAAGUUUCACACGAGAACUGGUGCAAAGUUUUGCAGCAAAAGCCAAUAGUCGCACGUGUUUAUUCAGGCAAUCAGCGUGAACGUUUUACACCAGAAAUGGUGCAAAGUUUCGCAGCAAAAGCCAUAAGUCGUAGGUAGUCAGUCAGGCAAUCACCGUAAAAGUUUCACACGAGAACUGGUGCAAAGUUUCGCAGCAAAAGCCAGUAGUCGUAGGUAAUCAGUCUGGCAAUCACCGUAAACGUUUCACCCCAGAACUGGUUCAAAGUUUCGCUGCAAAAGCCAAUAGUUGUUCGUGUUUAGUCAGGCAAUCACCGUGAAAGUUUUACACCAGAACUGGUGCAAAGUUCAAGUUGUACGAUGGUCUUGUGAUGUCUAUAAGUUAUAGAAUCGAACCGCAGUUGAACAAAAAAGUAAGUAAGAUCACACGUAGGAAGGCAAGCUUACUGAGAGAGACCCAAUCAGUUUGCUUGAAGCAACCGUCAUGUUAAAUUUGCGUACAGCAACAGUAUUUCAGUAAAUAAUACUGCUACCGAAAAAUCCACGUAGUUUUUGGCAAUAAGAUAAGCUUAGGUGAAACCUUCUUCAGUACGUUCAAAAAUCGAGUUGAAGAUGGCAAACGUGACGUAACUGCGUCCUAUUGCGUGUUUCGCGUUUCGCGCUCGCUCCUCCAAACAACCCUGAGCACCUCAAUGACGCCUGUUGUGUAGGCUACAGUUGAGUUGUAAGGGCGGCUAUUUUGUAAAAAGCAAUAACUUUAUGACAACCAGAAGAAAAUAAAAAUUCCAAAGAGAAAUAUCUGCCGUUUCUCGCGCUGAAUUUAAAGUCGACGUUCUCGCUUUUGCGGAGUUUCGUUUGUAAAUCUUCCCCGACAAGGAUUUCCAGCCACUUGUUGAAUCAAGCGUUGCUGAGUUUGCUGUUUUCUUUUAUUUGCCUGAGAUAUUGGGUGGUGAUUCGCCUACCGUAAACAUUGUUAUAAUUCACAUAUGAAAAUACCCUCUUCAUGAAUAUAACCCGGAGCUUUGUCAUCGAUGGCAAUUGGUUGCCUGGAAACCCACAAUGCACUUUGACGUCACUACUCUGGAUGACGUCAAGGCAGACACCAAACAAACUCGAAAGAGAAAAUCACGCUGGCCUUGCGAUGCUCGUGAGAUACACGCGCGCUUCGUACGUGACGAGAUUAUAAACCUCACGGCUCGGCGCUUCGCGAGGAAUGAAAGUUUACACCACUCGACCGACCAACCAACCAACCGACCAACCUGGAGUGCUUCCUAUAACCUCGUGAAUAGAUUUACGAGUUAAAAAUUGGUGGCGAGUGACUGUUUUUAGGGUAGCCUUUUUGUACGUACUGUUUCCGCUUGGUAAUGGCUACAUGGAAGCCUAUGAAUGUAACCUAGUGCUUGUACGUUACAGAAGGACUUAUAUGAUAAAGACAGUUAGGAAAUUGAAAUAUUAUAGUUAAGAUUCUCGGUGCUCUGAGUAAUUCUAAAAGUGGUAAAACUUUUGCUUAGCUGCAUACACUUCAUUAACAGUAAGUGUCUAUUUGAUUCCAACGUAUUAUGCUUCCUCUCUCACCCUCCUCUAUCAGUCCACCUCCCCCCCCAAAUAAACUGCAGGUAAAGUAACACUUAUACGCAAACCCACUCGAUUAUGACUCCCUGCGACCGUAGGAACUGGUUUUGAGGACUUAUUGAGAGACCGAACGCCCCGCCGAACGCUUGACUCCAGGUUCAGCAGAAUAUUAUAGGGAAUCUCUCGCGCGCGAAGCGCGCGCAGCGGAGUACCAUGGGUAAGAAUUAAGGUAAUCUACCCAUCCGAGAAAACUUGGUAAUCACGUGACCGUACGCUCGACCGUCCGUCCGCACCACAGGCAUACCAAUGUUAAAUAACUCAGUCAACAGGUAUGGCAGCCCAAACGCAACUCGAGGUUAUUUUGGCGGGAAAUCGCAUAGCCACCUGCGUCUUGUAAAGCAGAGGCAGCUAAAGAGUUAAUAAAGACGAAACCGGAAAGCGGAAAUUGUUUCUGUAUCCGUGUUUUCUAAAGUAUUAAGCUUAGAUUAAUUGUCAUGUCCACAAAUUUGGAAUAUAGAGCAACAUAAAGACAGAGAAAAAGAGAGAAAGCGGCAGGCCAGCGAAACUCAACGAGAAAAAGGGCGACAGAGAUCUAGAGCGAGAGAUAAAAAACAAAGGAGACAUUUUUUGUUGGAAAAACAACAUGAAAAUUUUGUAGCGGCGGUGACAAAAUGAGAAAUGCUAGCGGCCACCAAUGCAAGGAGAAAAUGAGAGCAGUGAAAAAAAGGUGAACGAGAACACGUACGACAUUUCCUCCCUAAAAAGUUUCUGGAAGUUUCACGUUGUAGUCGUGCAAAACAAUGGCAAAGAAAUGUACAAAAAAAGUGUGCUGCACGUGCAAAGUUGCUUUUUUGCUAAUUAGACCUUUUGUUGUUUUUCACCGUUCUAAGGCGUUGUCUUCGCCGCUUAGCAUUACAUGAUUUUAUACUUUGUUUGAACAAACUAUAAAUAUUAUCGAGAGCUUUGCUCUUAGCCCUGGCUAAAUCUAUAUAUUAUCUAUCGUAAAUUUAGUCCCUGUAACCCGGGCCCUUUUAGUAACCUCUGCCGUCCUUGUUUGUUGCUAGUUUUGUUGCAACAGGUCUACUUUUAGUUAAUUGCUUAAGCCAAAAUUUGUUCGGAUGUAAGAACUGAAGUAUGCGCAGACGAUUGUUUUCUUAUUAUCCGGGGUAUUCACUCCUGUACGAUGAUAUCACGCAAAACGCACGAGAACAAGAUUGAGAUUCCAGAGUGUAGGCAGAUUACUAACUACCCUGGGUUCCAGAGAAUACUUUUUCUCAUCGAUACUGAUCGUUCGCGUCAACGAGAUGCGAGGCGCCGAGAGAAAAAAAGCCGUCUCGGGAGCCUUAUCAAACCGCAAGCACGGUUUAUUUCGUAUUAGGUAUUUUGAGAACGGACCUCUGGAGCCAGGGUAAUUAUAAAGGAGGUGAGUGUUUAGUUAAUUGAUAUAUUUAUUUUCUCGAUGUCUGUAUUUGCUUGGGGAAGUAGUUUUAGUGGUGAAUCUCGAGGACGACGAGAGAUCUAUGUGUGUUUGGCUGCUCCUUUUAGGCGCGAAGAUGUCGAUCAAAUCCUCCUUCUGUGCAUUUAAGAGAAGUGCCGGAUGUGCCAGGCAAAAAUUCUUCUGUUCGGAGACAACUGCCGACUCUAGCUUGCUGGUCUGGGAGAAAAGUGGGAAAGUUACGAAGCAAACCAUCUUUGCAUAAGCGAGUUCGGUAUCACAUGCAGUUGAUUAAAGUAUUCUUUGCCUGCUGAGGCUUUAAAUUUGAUCGUUGUGUCAAAGUCUCUGUCCUUUGCUGUUGAGGUAAAUAUCUAAUUCUGCAGCUGAUAAUUUGACCAUGAGUUACAUUUGUCCGUUGAGGCGAAAGAAAAGCUUGGAACUAUAUGGAUUCAAAAUGUUUAUCAACUGUAAAAUUAUUAGACUAUCGCGGUGCCAAGCGUAGGCUACCGUCGAGUUCAAUUGUUUUUAAACUUUAAGUCAAAAGAAAACUUCUCGAGCACCACAUCAAACCCGCGUUCGAUACCUUCGCACCUCCAUUUGCGAAUCCGCAAAAAUAUUGACAUAGUAGAGCAGCCAAACACAAAAAUAUCGUGUCUUCCUCGGGAUUCGUUACUUGAUCGUUCAUGAAAUCGAAGAAAUUAUUUCCAUGAUCAAAUAAAGAUAUCUAAAAAAAUAUAAAAAAGCAAUUACUACAAAAUCAGGCGUUAAAAAAAUCAUCUGCUUGCACACUGGAAAUUUACUCGAGGCGCUCUCCUCUUUUGUUGAUCUCAAAUACACGGAAAUAGCAUAUUUUUCUUUUAAAAGUCUAUUGACCACCCUAAUUCUCACGGGUCAUUUUCAUUUUCUUCACUUUAUUUAUUUUCAAACUGUAUUCUCCAUAUUUUCGUCCAGCUUUGACGCCAGCACUUAUUUUCAAAUUGAAACUCCUGAAGUAACCACUGAUUUUGUGUAAGGUGGAACUGAGAUAUGUACUUGUGCUUUUCUCUGUGCUUUAAUUUUAUUAGGAUGAGAGGUGUGGAAGUGGAACUGGCAAAUUGAAAGGAAAGCAAGUCUUUAUAUGUAAGAGAAAUUAUGCAAGUUUUGUUGAUAUUGAAACGGUUAUACCAGAGAAAGACUUUGAUCAAGAUCCUGAGAAAUCUACAAGAUCACCAGAUAGAGGUGAAAUGAUGCCAAGAUCGAUGGGUUAUGAUCCUGGUAGACCUUCAGGUAGGAUAGUGGAGUAUUUUUAAAAGAUCCAGACUCCGCCUCUCUCUAAAGGGGUUUGUUGGUUUGAAUCCUCAUCUCGCUGCAAAUUCCAAGGAUUUCCCACGUACUAUUUCGCCUUAAAUUAAUUUCCAUCUGUUUUUAGAAACAAACAAUGAACAACUUAUUAUCAUGGUCAAAAUGCAGUUCAGGAGGCCAUCAAUUAUUGCCUGCUUGAUUUACGGGGGUUCCAGACGAUCUCAGUUGAAUAUAAUGUUGUUUGAACAAGAUAUACUGACAUCUUAUUAACCAAACGCCGGAACCGUCCUGGGAGGAAAUGGGCCUAAGGCCUGAAAGCACAAACCGAGCGCAGCGUAGUUCGUACAAGAAUGAAAAAGGGCCUAUAUUUUUCAAGUACGGUCCCGAGCGAGCAUAGUUAAUAGUAGAGAAUUACAUGACUGAAAAAAAACAUUUUAAUAAGUUAUUUUUACACGUUAGCAAUUCACUGAGUGUCGAAAAGGUAAAGAAUAUUAUGAUUUAUUCAAAAUAUUUCGCCUUUUCUGACCGGUUCAAAGCCUCCGGCUAAUUCUUCAUAGCCAAUCAGUGCUGACCAAAUUUGGAAAAUGCGAGCAAUAUACAGUGGAUUUUAUGGUGUAGUUGUUUGGAAACGAGGUUCAUUGAUGGUAUAUUUGCUUGUAAACGAGGCUGCUUGAGCAAUAGACCAUCGAUCAAUCUCGUUUCCAGGUGCGGUCGUCUAGCUGUUUAUUCACGAGUAGACUGAAAAAAAUGGCGUUCACGGCUAUUCGAAGACGAAAUAAGUGAGCUGUUACAUGAUUAUCAGAGUUCAAAAGUUCCUAUGCCUACAGAGCAGCGACGCAUCUGACACUACAUCUCUUGUCCAUCUUCCAAUCUCGAGUUUGACUAAUUGUCGUGGGUCGUGGGUACAAGUCGUGGGUCCUGGGUGUGGGCGUGGAUAAUGAUUACAAAUUACUAAUAAUUAACAACAUUACUGAUUUUUAUUAAAUAUUUUAAUAUUUAUUAAAAACGCGCACUCGUGGAAUAAUUGUGUUAUUAAAAUAUCGAGAAUUCUUCCCGACUUUAUUUGUAAAGACGACCGAUUUUCAGCUUGUUUUUAAUUUUGAGCAGACGCGUACAGUUACCAUAUUUGGAGAGCAUGAGCUCAUACCAUGAUGGCUAAACCAAUCAGAGCUAUAGAAUUGUGUUAUCCAAUGAUUCAGUUUUUAAUAAUUUACAAUACUACAAUUUUUUGUUUUUAAAAUACUCGAUAGCUAAUAUAACAUAGCAUAACGAACAUAACACUGGAUCACAAGGCUGCGAAGUGUACGACCUGUAAACGGCUUUCUGGUAAGUUUCAGGUCUUUAUAACACGACAGUGACCAAAAAACCGCUCUUCAAAACGCGUUUUUCGGGAAAAUCUCCAGGAGCGAAUGGUUAAGACUGGCAACUAACUUUUUGCAACAAGUUAUCCACACAUCGGCUUUUUAUUUUUUACUGUUUCCGGCUACCCUAAUGAAGUAAUCGGUUCUUUGUCGUUUGAUUGACGUCGACGAACACUUUUUAUUUUUACCUCCCCGGGGGAAGAUGCUUUAAAUUCUGACGUUAUUUAACCAGUACUAGGAACAAAAGUGAUUUGCUAUCUUGUAGAGCAAGCUUUCGGGGCAAGGGGACAGCAAAGGCGGGGGGGAGGGGGGAGUCAAUCGCUGCAGACCCACUCGGCCGACUUCUUUUGUUACACUCUUGCCUGCGCAGGUUAUUUUUUUGGUUAUUUUUUAUAGGGCACGCGUCCUCGAAAUUUCUCCCUUCUCUCUAGCAAAAACUGUCGCCUUCUACGCUAUUGCAGAUCAUGCAACCCUUGAUGUUUGCUUGCUAGUAUGGGUUAAAUCAUUCUCCUUUUUAUUUUUUCAGUGUGAAAUACCUUUCAGUACUCGGAGCUGAUUUUUUUUAUAUUGUUGUCCUAGUUCGCUAUUUACAAGAGUGGCCGAGGAUUUGAACUUGUGAUAAACGCGGACAAAUCCAGCAAUUGGUGAAACCGGGGCUUGAACCCGUGACCGCCGGAAUGGGGAGGAACAUUGGGUGACGAUCCCAGUGAUGGCAUGUGCUAAAACCCAAACGGUAGAUUCUGGAUGAUAGACGAUGGAUGGUAGACUAUGGUUGUUUACUAUUUACAUGGCAAAGCACUCGGUUUAUGUUUGGGUAAAUGUAAUUAUUAAAAUGUCCUAAUGGUGGCGGUAUUGAUUUUCGCGCAAAAAAGCAAACUAAAAGAAUUGUUCAAACAUAAAUUGCACCAUGAAUGGAGUUACCGUAACUCCAUUCAUAGUGCAAUUUAUGUUUGAGGGGUUAUUCAAUAGAACCAAAAAGUCGACUAAAUCAAUGAAUUCACGCCGAAACACACCGAAAUACAUCGGAGAUCAAAAGGUAAAAUCAUUAUAUAAAAAGUUUUAUCGUUUGCAGACCUCAGUAUUUUAUUCUCAUACAACGUCUCAACGAUCGCUGGUAAACGCGAUACCGACUCGCCCUUGCGAAAUGAGUGCUUAAGAGUCCACUAAAUUAAUAAAUUCACACAGAAAUACAUCAAAUAUAAAUCUUCUUUAUUUGGCUUAAUGAUCAAAAGGUAAACUAUAACGAUAUUUAUCGUUCGCAGACCUCAGUACUUCAUUUCUCAUACAUCAUCUGGAAGAUCGCUUGUCACGCGAUACCGACUAGCUCGCAUUUACUCUCGUAACGUGAGCUUGGGAUGCCUAUGCUAAAACUUUCCUCUCGCGAAUGAUCCCCCUACUAGGCAGGCUAAAAUUGCACUUAGUAUUGUAAAAAGUUUUCUAUAUUUUAGAAAUGACGGUUGCCAUUGUCACGCGAGACAUAGGCACAGAACUCAUAGUUUCAUUUAAAAAUGACGACUGACUCUAAGCAGCCAGAAAACAAGAUGUCGUGUGUUGCCUGAAGAUCAGGAAUGAAGUAGCCUGCGAAAACAUCCGUUUCUCCUCGCUCUUCGCCGCUAGGGACGUUUCGCACGGAGGAACGCCUGCGACUCAGCGACAGAAAUUCUAUACUGAUGACGUAAAGUCUGUACGGAAUCCGGUGAGAAGCGCUGAUUGGUCGACGGAGUAGUUACAUUGUUUUAGCUAUUGUUUGCAAAUGACAGACAAAAGGCCACAAAGGUCAAAUGUAAACGCGAAGAAUCUCUAACAAAACAGUCAAUAUUUGUGGAAUAUAGUCUUCUCUAGAAGAAGCUUUUGAGUUUUGCUGGAGUUCAUUGGCAGGUAAGCACAACACUUUACCAAAAUCGACCAGAAGACACGUAAAUUUGACAAAUUUAUAUUUGGAACCCCAUGACUACCGGAUUUAUUAUGUAAACAUUGAUUUCUGUCGCUGAGUCGCAGACGUUCCUCCGUGCGAAACGUCCCUGGCGGCGAAGAGCGAGGAGAAACGGAUGUUUUCGCAGGCUAGGAAUAAAGCUGUUGUAUCUUUUCACGAGUUGUUGUGACUCUACAUGAGGCUUGCCUCAUGUGUCGAUCUUCAGUUGUUCUCAUCUGAUGUUAAGCAGAUUGACUGGACAGUCUUUGACUUCUUAUUUCGCGGACCGCUGGGUGUUUUAUUUAUGACGCCGAUACAAACCAUUUUCCGAUCUACAGUUGCCGAAAAUUGAAGCGUGUGCGAAAAAUGAAUAUUAUAUGUAUUUAAAGUAAAAGAGAGAUUCCCCCAUAUUCAGGAUAAAUUGUUCAUGAACAUGAUUAAAUUUGGUAAAUCACGGUUAUGUAGUCUAUCGUCAAUCGUCCAGAGUCUAUCGUCUGGCUUUAGCACAUGCCCCAAGGGGGCGGCUGGGUAGGGAUACUAGAAUAGAUUUAGACACACUAUCAUUCUGUUUCUUGCAAGGUUCUGGGAUGUGUUGGGAUGCUAAUGUUCAGAGGUUCUUAAUGCGUAUUUUACAGGUCGCGCAUGCGUGAAGAUAGUGAAAAGAACUCCUUCAUUUGACUCAGAUGAUCACAAUGUUAUCGUAGCCGCUGGUGAAAGUAGCCAGACUGAUUGUGCAGCAUUCAUAGAGCAACAGAAAAAACUUCUACUUGAGUACGAGAGAUCAGUCUCCGUACCUACAGAGGGAAAGUAUUCUCUUGGGUUCCUAGAUUUAAACAUAAUUUCGUUAUUCUUCCCAGCCCUCACUUCGUGAACUAGGGAAGCUUAAAAGCUUCGGUUGUCUGGCGUAAUACUGUCGCCUGUCUUCAUUAUGAGCAGGAAAACAUCGAUGCUUUUUUGCCAUUCUCUUUAAUGAAAACGCGGUUCGUCUGAGGUUCGCGAGUGCACCGCUCGAUUCCAGACAAAAAGUGUUGUCCAUAGGUUACGCAAUUUUCAAAUUUGUUCCGAUUUGUUGUCUCCAAAUCCCUAUCAUAAUGACUAGCCCGAGUUCGCAGUCAAUUUGACUGUCUCGCUUGUUUUGCUUUUUGUUGUUAUUCACCUGAAUUUUUUGAAUCCCCACAGCAAUCUUACGAGUUUCAACGCAAAUUAUUUUAGCGUUUUCUCUACUAAACUUUCUUUCCAUACCUUUGAACGUACUCCUCUCUAUUGACAAUAUUGAAUGAUUAAAUUUUGUUUUUGGAAACCUUACAGAAAUAAUUCAAGACUCAAGCGAAGCAAACGAACAAGCUUCAUUAUCAGCCGGAAAAUUUCAUGGAGAAGACUUGCCAAGGCCGUCAAGAGAGAUGCAGCAGCACAAUGAAAAGUUGCAAAAGGAAUUACGAGAGUUACAGGAAAGUGAAGAAAUAUCACAAAGGCAGUUGAGAGAGAUGCAACAACGCGAAGAAAAUUCACAAAGGCAGUUGAGAGAGAUGCAACAACGUGAAGAAAAUUUACAAAGGCAGUUGAGUGAGAUGCACCAACGCGAAGAAAAUUCACAAAGGCAGUUGAGAGAGAUGCAGCAACGUGAGGAAAAUUCACAAAUGCAGUUGAGAGAGAUGCAACAACGUGAAGAAAAUUCACAAAGGCAGUUGAGAGAGAUGCAACAACGUGAAGAAAAUUCACAAAGAGAGAUGCAACAAAGUAUAGAAAAUUCACAAAGGCAGUUGAGGGAGAUGCAACAACGCGAAGAAAACUCACAAAGUCAGUUAGGAGAAGUGCAGCAACGAGAAGAAAAUUUGCAUAGGCAGUUAAGGGAGAUCACGCAACAACGGGAAAAUUCCCAAGAACAAGUUUCCUCGUUAGAAAGACAGCUGAGAGAAAAAGACCAGGAAAUAAGUGAGCUAGAGUUAAGUCUCUCGCUGGCCCAGCGAAGAAUAAGUGAACAACGACGACAGGAAAGGUGUGACUGGGUCAUUUCCCGGGAUGAAAUUCAAAUUUCAGAGAAUUGCCUAGGAAGGGGAGGCUGGGGAAGUGUCAAUGAAGGUACUUACUGUGGCUGUACUGUAGCAGUGAAGCAGAUCCAUGACAUGAUUCUGUCCCCUCACAAUAGGCUUUUAUUUGAAAGAGAAAUGAAUAUUGCUUCGGCUUGUCGCCAUCCCUGUCUGCUACAGUUUAUCGGCGCCACAAAUGACGAAGGAAGUCCGCUCUUUGUUACCGAGCUCAUGGAAAUGAGUCUGCGAGCUUUGUUGGAAGAGCGGCAACUUUCCGAAACAGAAUUGCAAGUUAUUUCUCUUGAUGUAGCUCGCGCGCUGAACUAUCUUCAUCAGAAGAAGCCAUCACCAAUUAUUCAUCGGGAUGUCAGCAGCGCUAAUGUGUUGCUAUGGCAACAGGGUGACCAACGGAGAGGCAAAGUGUCAGAUUAUGGCACUGCUAAUUUCAUUCAGCAGACCAUGACAGUGGCUCCUGGAGCUGCCAUUUACUGCGCGCCUGAAGCACAUACAUCAAACCAAACAGUCAAGGUUGGUCGUCAUCAUCGAUUUCAGGGCCCAGUUUUUAAUAACUAUAUCACAGAUAGAGUGUGACUACUGUGUGUAACCUUUUUGCUGUAGCCUGCGUUGCAGACACUCUAAGCUGCCGGUAUAGAGCGUCUUCGAAUUAGUGCACAAUAUCAUGGUUCAAAUCACGCAGAGUCGCAAAGACAUGUGUAGGUGUUUUUGAUUUGCUAGUUUCUUACGCAGUUUGUGAUUUGUUCCGCAAUUUGUUAAAAAGUGUUGACAGGCCAAACACCAUUCAAAGCUCGUGACGACAGUGUGAACAUGACCUUAGAGUUGGGUUGAACAACAGAGAGGGCCCUGUUGGGUAAAGGUCCGACAAGUGUCAUAGCCUUGACGUAAGGCAAAUGAAAUGUCAACAACCGGCACAAGGAUGAGUUGAAUGUGUCUGAUUCGGUCCAUUUUGUUUUUCUUGAGAUAAGUGAGUCUUUCGACUGAAGCCUGAUAUCCUCAGUUCCUGUAGUUUCGCCAUUGGUGAUCACCUUUUUUUUAGAUGGGCAGUGCAUCCGCAGCGAUUAGGAGACACUGGAAAAUCAAAGAUUGUCCAGAACCAGUCGGAAUGUGUUUACAAACACGUUCCGGCCGUCAAGGAAUAUUCUCUUAAAGUAUUUUCUUGUUCAGAAAAAUUGUUUCACGUCCGAACCGGUCUUUCACUGGUGUCAACGUUCUUUCCCAGUUUUCGGCAUGCCUGCAUUUAACCUGCCUAUCAGAAACGCCCACACAUAUCCUUACGAUUCUGCUGGAUAUCUGAACGAGCUUUUGUGCACUUAUUCGCAGACGGCCUCAGUAUACCGAUGGUUUAGAAGAUGUUUGGGCCGGUUACAACGAAGGCUGUUUUUCCGCUGUAGAGUAUAUGUAGUGUGUAACUGAGCUAGGUAGUCCUUUUACAUUUAUGGGUUUCUUCUGACGUAAUCUUAUUUGAGCAUCAAUGGAAAAAUGCUGUAUCAAAGGUGUAUCAAAGCUGAUAAACUAUUGAACUGAUCUUAUCUCAUUUUCGCCUACAGGAUGACUGAAUAUGACAACCUUUGUAGCAACAUCAGUUAAUAUUUUAAUUUAAAACGUGUUGGAAGUGUUUACUUUUUUCUUCUUAUUUUCCUUUAGCUCGAUGUUUACAGCUUUGGUGUUCUAUUGUGCGAAAUGUGCAUCCGGGAACUUCCAAAUCCUGAAAAUCGCGAAGAGCAAGUUUUGCUGAUGACGAGCCGCGUGUUGAGAGGCCUGGUACGGCGAUGCCUACAGACAGACCCUGAAGCGAGACCAACCAUGCAGGAGAUAAUCGAUGAAUUAUCAAGAGUUGUGUAACGUCUAUCAAGUAUUCUGUGAAAACUUUCGCAAUAGAAUUGAAUUGGUAAUUUUUUCACUGCUCGAAGUCGUGUCUUAUCGUUUAUUGUGACAGUGUAGUUUACAGAAGCAUUUAAUACUAGAAGAAAAUUACUCAGGUUAAAAACCAACAACUUUUUAGAUAUAGCGAGAUCUUCUCUUCAAAAAUUUAGUAAUGAUGCCCAAAAGUCAUACAGCUGUAUAUUAUAUCCUUCUCAUUUACCAACGUGGGUAAUAUGAAAUGCUUGUUUUGGAUUAGCCUUGUGAAAAAAACAAAAAAACAAAAAAAACAACGUUCAUGACGUCCGGGAGAAGAUCGCUAAGACGUCAGUUCUCUAUCCUAAGCUUGCUCAGUUCUAUAUGAUGGCUGCUACAUAGGUAUUUUUUUUUGGACUGAAAGACCUCUGAGAAUUUUAUUGUAAAACUAGUUUUACAAAAAAGAAAUAGUUUUUUUUUUUUAAGGGCACCCACCGAGAUUUUGUUCAAAACCACUUAAACAUAGCAAUGUUACACGUAUUUUAGUAUUUAAACGUUAUGAUAUAGGAAUAUUUUUAUCCCCUAGAAAUGUUUCAUCUGUUCGGAUUUCCUAGCUGAAAGACUAGUGAAAAUUAUAGGGAUAAGAACUUACCGUUUCGAAAAUUUCAGCCAGAAAAAAGGCUCCCGAAAAUUCUAGGUGACCUUUUUAGGGUAAAAAUCCGUUAAAAAUGGGCAAUUAUACCAUUUCUCUAGAUGUUCGAAAAUCCUAGGAGAAGCAGGCAAGCAAGAAAUUUAACAAUAAAUGUUCCGAAAAUUCUAGAUCUCAAAUCGUCUUUCGAACAGAUAUUUUCCGAAAAUUGACGUUGAGUGCCCCUGACUUAUAAAUAUCUUUUUUACAUUUAUUCAGACGACCUUACUUUCUUCUGUGGAGGAAGAAGGUCAUACACACAAAGUACAAAAUACUAACUGAAGAGGCGUGUAGACAUGGCGCUUGUUAUAAGCAUUGGAAUAUACAAUUAAAUACGUGUAGCAGUUCGAAGGUACGGAAAACUCGAAGUCGAGAAGUCAUUUGUUAUUGAGUUUCUUAUGACAGUAGUGUAGUAAAAGCCAUUUGAUAUUUGUAACUAAACUUUCCUAUGUAAUUAAAGCUGAGAAAGUAGACACGACGACUACGUGUUUCUUAAUCUGUGAACGCCGGUCGCCGUUGCCGCGGGAAAUACUUUGCGAGCGGAGGCGAACAGACGGAUCAUAGGAGGGUACCCCAAAACAAUAUUAUUACAUUUUUGAAUAUCCCUGGAGUUUCGUUUAGUGGCAAGAUACAACGCGCGUUUGAUUACUGCGCUUUUCACAAACAUGCGAAUUCUGAAGUUCAAAAGCCACAUCAUUUCACUCCUCACGGGAGAUAUGAACUCAAUAAAUUGACCUCGCUCCCAAUGUGUGGCUUCAUAGCUCAGUUGGUAGAGCAACGCACCGGUGACGCGGAGGUCACGGGUUCGAAUCCCGUUGAAGCCCUGAUUUUUUUCAGGCUUCUUCUUUCCAAUUGCUUUAAAAAUUGGAAAAUUUACUGCGAUGAUCAUUCUUCACUCUCAUAUAUUUUAUUCCCCGCCUUUUAAUAAAACAGCUUCUUAGAAUGGAAAUAGAAGAUGCGUGUUUUAAAUACAAGGGGCAAAGGAUUUGAAAUAACUCAGGGGAGAGGAUGAGCAUCGUCUCGUAGCGGAGUAAACUUGUUGUUUAUGACAUCACUCAGUGUGUUCAGGACUGAACGCCAAUAUUUUGUGCUUCCGGGCUUGGAAUAAAGAGAAUGUUUGAGAAUAGUAUCUUUUAAAAAAACCAAACCUGGGAUUUUCCCUAUAUUGGCCUAUACUGGGAGGCUCCUCCGCAAAGGGUUACCUUUUUUAGGCUUUAGAUACAGCUAUUUCGAGAAAGGUUGUCGGAUAAAGUGCACGCGACAACCCCAAAAUGUAUCGUGGGUGGACUUAAAUUCACUCUUUUUCAAAGAAAUUUGAAACAAUCGCAGGAGAGGCCAUGGACAUAUGUCUGCGAGUGCUAAAGGAAAGUAACAAAAGUAGGUUCGACAGCUACAGUGUCAGGAAUAGUGUAUUGAUCAUAUCCCAUAAUACCUUUCAGGAUUGUCGGGUACACAUUUUUUCCGACAACCUUUCUCGAAAUAGCUGUAUAAGAAAGGGUAGUGAGUUCACUAGUUGAACUAUAUUAAAGAGUAUAGGGAAAUCUGUCAUUUGGGUCUGUUAAAGGGCUCAAUAGGGCUAAUAGAUGAAUGAUAUGACUUUGAGAUUUCGAGAAAACGUUCUGUUUUCGAGAUAGCCUGUUCACAGACUCUCUAUUUCCUCUGCAAAGUCCAUCGAGAGCGGGUGAUAAACUAUAAACCGCAGGGGAUUUAUUGACCGCCACUGCAAGGGGGUACGAACGAAAAGAAAAAUAAAACAACGUCUAUGUACAGGCUAUUUUUGAGAUUGAUUUCUAUGUAAAAAAAAAAAAAAACAGAACAUUUACAGCAGUCAAAAGGGAUACAAAGUUCUAAUCAAGGUAUGUGGAAGUGGAACCAUUUGCAACAGAUAAAAGGUAUACGAAAGGGGAACCUUUUUCGUGAAAAAUGGUAUAUAAAAGGGUAAGGGGUUGGAUUUUCUGGAGUUUUUUUUUUGUUUUCAUUCUGGUCAGUGUAUGAAUUUUUUCAAGCGUUUUGGCCUGUAUAAAAUGUUUUGCUUUUCACAUCCCUCUCCAUCAUUUAUAUUAAUUGUUUUGACUGUCCGUUCCUAAAACAGCAAGCAACGGACCAGAAAAUAACCUACGCUUAGCCAGUAUUUUUCGUUUCGCUUGCGCCGUGGACCAUUUUCGCCUGGGUGCUGAAGGCGAAACGAGCGAACUACAAAAGAAAAAAUCUGCAAAAAUGUGGAGCUGGUCCGACAGGUUAAAGAGAGAGUAGUAAUCCCGGUGGCGACAUCACAGUUAUAAAAAAUGAAAAGAGAAAACCGUGGCUGGGAAAAUUCCCUGUCACAUAUUUUUAUGUGCCGGGUUUACACUUUUUUUUUAAGUGUUUGCCUCUCCAUUCAGUCACACAGAAUUUCUCUAUUUGCCUUUAUUUGUCAGCGGCAUAACUCUACUUGAGCAAAGAGCAUCGUUUUCAAAGAUUAAGCAUUUUGAGGAAAAUGAAAAACGAGACCUUGAAUGUUCAUUUUCUCUGAGUUGUCUUUCCACCGCAUGGGAAAUAAAAACAAACGAAAGAAAAUAAAAAACACCUCAGAGCACAAAUCCAGCCCAUAAGUCCUUGCGGCAGGUGAGAUUUUCAGUAGGAAGGCACUAGAUAACGUCGACCUAAACCAGAUGAGUCAUCGAUAUGUCAGCGACGUCUUACAAAAUGAACUAGACCUUAACUACCGGAAGGCUUUUGACUGAGAUCUCCCCUUAUGCGACUUGGUCAAGUACCCUCACCUGGAUUGUGCUGGUGCUUACAAUUCCUCUUGCAUUUUGUUUUUAGCUUCUUUUCGUUUUAGUGCCUUGUUUCGAUCCUGUCCAUUUUGGCAUUCCAGGAUCUUUACACCAACAAUUUGAAAUGGAAUACCAUCAAACCUCAGACUGCAGCCUGCCGUUUCCUGCGAGUCAGCCCAUUGAAUUUUGUGAUUUUUUGGCUUUUGAGUCUCUCCUUUCUAGCCUGGAUUAAAGAAUAACGAUGGUCGACAAACGUGAUUCUUAAACUGUAAACUCGUGGAAAAUAAAAAUGAGGACACUUGUACAAAAUGCUUAUCAUUGUUGGAAAAUCCUCCUGUCCUUUUAAAUAUCGUGAAACUGGUAGUAAUGGCAAUUUUAUACACUUUAAUAAGCUCCUCUGCUCUGUUUUCGUCCUCUACGUAUCCCUAACAAGGAUCGAAAGUGACUGAGAAUAGAGAUGCCCACGGUGUAUGGGCUGUUUCUUCUCCCGCCAUUGUCCUUCUCAGAGGACAAUUCUCUCAGAAAAUUUAAGAUUUGGCGCCAAAUGGUUUUUCAAAUGUUGACACCUGAUUGUUAAAGUAGAACUUUACUUAUAAUUUUCCGAACUUCUUAAACUUUCUAAGCUGAAAGUCGAAAAAGCUGAAAUACAACUGUUUGAGACUCUAAGGACAGCAAUAAACACACUCAUGCUCGAUUUAUUUUAUUCAGUUUUUUUUUAAACAUUUUUUUUAAUUUUUUUUUUUCAGAACCACUGCAGAGAUCUGGUUAGGUUUCGGUCGAUGUUAGAUAGUAUUUCGUGGCGUGUCGACACUAAAUAACAUCGGCCGAAACCAGCCUCAGCUAAGUUCCUCGGAACGACCAUAAGCCACGUAAUUCGGCGCAAUACUGCUGAAUCUAUUGUAGAUUUAACAGUUUUUAGUAAUAUAAACUGUUAAUGUCCAAAAUUGACCCUUUUUUUAACUCAAAGUAACAUUCUCGCAGCGAUCGAUCAAAUGAGCGGACGUCGGAGGGUAUGAUUCAUUUUGUAAGACGCCGCUGACAUAUCGAUGACUCAUCUGGUUUAGGUCGAUGUUAUCUACUGCCAGGAUGAGAGCCUGGGGACGAGGUGCUCUUGCAAUGAACAAAAUGGCCUCCUGGCUCAGUCAUGAGGGCUCUACACAGAUUUGUGUGGCCCGUGGAACCGUGUCAUGGGGGAGUAAGGAUAAUGAUGCGGCGGGAGAGCUUCAACUUUGGUAUCAUGAGAGGGAUGACGAUUACUGCCUUUAUGCCAGCAAGACAGCGAGAGAUAACAUGGAGGUAUGUAAAGUUAUUGAUGCUUUUAGUCUUCACUUCCAAACGCGCACUGACAAAAUCAAAACGUUAUUAACGAAGAAGUCAAAAUUUCAUUUCGUCUAGUACUGAAAACAAAUAGUACCAUGUGAGAGUACUGAUAAAGGGGUUUCGUCCAGGGGCUCAAGAGUAAGAACUAAAUGUUAUGGAUCCAUGAUUGACUCUGGGAGUGAAAGGGUUAUAAUAAAUAUAUACAAUUUAACAAUUAUAUUGAACCCUUUUUAUUAAAAAAAAAAAGAGAGAUUAUUUCUGUAUUUAUGCAGUCACUUUAAUGUACCUGUUUUACAUGUAGUUAAUUUUUUAUCUCAUGUAAUUUUUGGGUAUGGUACAACUUAACUGUACGUGUAUGAAUAUAUGCUAAUGAAGUUGAAACAAAAGAAAAAUAAACAUUAUAUUACCUGAGAUAAAAAAUUAUAACUACAACAUAUCCCUUUAUUUGUUAUUCAUACAAUAAACACCCACUAAUAAGAACAGGGGGUUCAUUAAGGUUUUGAACAGGAGGGCAACUGAGUUUGACACCCGGGCAAAGAAUUGGCAAGGCGCGGAGGGCCUUGCCCUCUAGGGGGGUCCGGGGGCAUGCUUCCCCGGAAAAUUGUGAAAUUCUAUAGUCGUAAGGAUGUGUUUUCCUGCAUUUUGAAGCUGCAGACAAUGACUUUCAACAACCAAAAAAAGAUAACUUUUCCAGACAAUUUAAUCAUGAUUUGAUACCAAUACCCACCACACAAAUUGGACUUUUUGGUUCUCUUUUAAUAGCUCUGCUCAUAAUAAUCUUUACUCAAACUCACCGUCAGCAUCUGAGCAUCUUUAAAAUUUCAAUGACUAGACGGGAGGAGCACUGUUUAUUGGCGUAAACCAUAAGACGAAUAAAAAUCACGCUUCGCUUCGUUGAACAUGAUGAUUAAGCCAUUCAAUAUAUACAGGCAAGUAAAAGGUUAAAUCACAAAGAAGUCUACUCAUCUCUUGGUCUUUUCUCUACUGGAGGCCCUUUGGUUGAAGCCGAAAAAUAAUACGCUAUCGAACGCGUUCUUUUCUGGGCCGCCAUGCUCACGUGCUCGCAACACUGAUACAUUUCAGGUGGUCGUUUAUGAAGCACAGUUCUUUUCGCAAUGUGUUGUGGGGCGAUUCUUGUUUUUAACACACAAAGAACGAGGGGAUUUCAUGCCGCGUGGAAAUUGCACGGUAAAGUAUGUUUUACACUCGAUAAGACUCAUCAAGAAAUGGGCACGAUUGUAACUUAAAACUGUUUUUGAUCGUUUCCUUGUAUUAAAAAGAAGUUCUUUGAGAUGUAAAGCAGCCGGGCAAAGUCGUGUUCACAGCCGGUCAAUUUGCCCGGUGCCCGGCCCUUAAUGAACCCCCUGAAUUUGUUAUUGUCUUUACCUCUAUUAAACUGUCCCUUUGACAAGAUGUGUCAUACUAGUGCAAAAGCAUACACUGUGUAGGAUGUUUAUUGGUCUUGUACAGCCUUACCAACCCCCAAAAGGCAAAAACUGUGAGAUUCUGAACCUAGAGCUAGGAAAAGUAGAGCAGAGAAUUGGGUUUAAAGCGGCGGGCCCUAAAUUAUGGAACAAAACAAGGAUCGUGGUUAAUUUUAAUACUGAAAGAUUACAACUAAACCACAUUUUGGUACCUUAAGUAUGGGUCAAAGAUCCCAGUGAAAUUGGCUGUGAAUAGUUGUGUUUAGUUGUUAUUUUACAGAAACUACUGCCACUAUAAACAAUGUAACUUAAAUUAUAUUGUUAUCUUUCCUUACCGUUUCAGUUUUCCAGGGAAAUUUUUCCGGAUUUUAACUCCCUUCUCAGUCAUUCAGACAGGAUAUUGGCCAGUUGCAUUCUCCUCGCGCGGAUGAAUCCUUGCAAAUCGGCGGAUUAUUUCAUCAAGGUCAGUUUCCGUAUUGUAGUGGAUAUGAAUCAAAGCGAGUCCAAACCAUGAUUUUCCAUAUUAACUUGGAAAUUUUUAUAUUAUUAAAAAUAUUAAUUAUGAAGAAUCUGAUAGAUUUCCUUACACCUGAGGAAACCGGUGUGGAUCCGUGGCUGAGGUAUUACAGGAAUUACACUAUUAGUUGACAAUUUUCUUUUGAAAAAGAAAAAACAAAACAAACAAAACAAAAAACAAUUACCUGCGGAAAAUAAAUGAAUUUGAGGAAAGUAGCCGGUUUGAAUCAGCUUAAGAGAAAAAUAGCGCCCAUUUUUAAUGGCUUGUUUUUUUUUUUCUACUCUUGUUUUACAAUAUCUCUUUACAGUUCUCUUCAGAGGCAAUGAAAUGAUACCAAGCUAUUCUAUUCCAGUUACCCGACUAUUCAGUGUUUCCUUUUAUUUGUAAUUCUAGCGAAUAUUUAUUGACAUUUUAGCUCUUUUUAGCUUUCUUGAUAUUUUCUAUGAAACACUGUAUUAUUGUAAUUUAUAAUUUUAAGAUUUACUCUCGUUUCGACGUAUUUUAAAAUUAAUUAUCAUUGUCCCUGGAAAGCCCUCUUAGUGUCAAUUAAGUUUGUAUUGUAUUAUAAUGACUGCGAAGCAACUCGCAGAGCAAGGUUGCUGCAAGCAUGCACUCAUGAAAGGCCGAAAAAUUAGCGCGAAACUGACGAACCGCUGUCGAGGGGAGAGUAGCAAUUCUCCUAGGCACGCUUCAUGCUAAGGAAACCUGGAUAAGUUCCGACUGUUUGGGCCUUUAGCUCGUGUGCGCCUUUACUUUUUUACUUUUUUUAACGCGAGCAUACGAAUAAGCUUUCGGAAAGUAAAAAUCAUAGAAAAUUUUCAUAUUUUUUUUUUUCAAACCCGAUUAGUGCUAACACACAUUGAUGAAGGAGUCUGAAGAGUCCACACUCCUUUCCUUAUUUCCUCUGACCUAGAAGUAGAAAGGGAAAUCCAAGCUGCCACAAACGCAUUUGGCGCCCUACUACCAAAAUUCAAAAUGUACAAUGCGGCCGUGCUCCCGUCACCACUCAAUUCAUUUGAAUGCUCGUCAAGAAGCUGAAAAAACCACUACUACUAAAUUCUCGGCAUAGAUGGCAGGACGGAAUUCCUGAUCUAGAGGCCGGCUUAGGAGGUCGAGGGCUGACGUUGUUACUUUGGAAGCUCUCAUCACUUCAUAUCACCUUUUCUCAGCUUCGCUGGGGAGAAAAUUUCAACGGAAUAGACUUUUUCAGUCCUCCAAGCUCAGUGUUUUAUGGUCAUCUGUGUCGGGAACGAUGACACAAGAAGGCCAGAUACUACGUUUUAAAAGAUAUGUUUAGAAUGAGACAUGAAAAAGGAAACAUUAGAAAGACCAAGGUUUAGAUCACUUCAAGUGGCUUCGUGCGUUGAAGGAGUCAAUUGCCGCAAUUAAAGGGAAGGGACGGAAGAAUUACCGAAAGGCAAACUUAACGGAAGGAGACUUUGCUUAACUGUCUAGAUAAACGUCAUAUGUGCACAUUGUCAACCCCACUGUCGCUCUGUCGGGUCUGCCUAACAACCCGGCCUGUACAGGACAAUCAUCAUCGGAGACCAUGGACUCCCAAUACACUUUGCUGAUGUGAAUGUUAUACAUGUAACUGAUUUCAGUUGGUAAUUACCAAAUAAUCUGAAAAAAUGUUUCUAGAAAUUAAAUUUUAAGCUUAAAAUUGAUCGGGCGACGAAAUGCUUUUUAUCGAAUCGACUGUAUCAAUACGUCUUGCAUGAAUUCUUUAGCAUGCGAUAUCCUUGGGCGUACGUUUCCUAAAGUUGAAGUCUAACAUACAUUUGUGCUAGUAAAAAUUAUACAGUACUCUCUCAGCAUUGCUGAUCCUAGCAAUUUGUAAGACGUGUGUCACAUAUGAACCUAGUAAAUGGCUUAUUACCCUUCCCAUUAGUGUCUCUGACCUUGUCAUUAUACAGUACUCUUCAUCAUUGCUGAUCCUAAGCAGUAUGUAAGACGCGUGUCGCACAUAAACCGUCGUUUAGUAGCAGUUAUUGUUUAUUCUUGGGUGUGUCCUCUGCUUUAAAUCCUUUAAGUUACAGUUCGUUUUUUUUGUGUUGUUAUUUAAUUGUCAUAUACAAAGUAAACUUCUCUUCUAUCGCUCUUGGCAUGCAGUUUUGAGUAGUUGUUGUUCUUUUUUUUUAUUCCCCUCAGCAACUAUGGAGGAUCUACGUGGAGCAAGCGUACAAAGACCUGCGGCUGGUUUAGUCUUCCCAAGGCCAUCAAGGGAAAUACGGCAGCACGAAGCAAAUUUAGAGAGGCAGCUCAGAGAGAUGCGGCAACGUGAAGAAAGCUUACAAAGCCAACUGAGGGAGACACAGCAACGUGAAGAAAACACACAAAGGCAGUUAUGGGAGAUGCAGCAAAACUCUCAAAGACAGUUAAGAGAGAUGCAACAACGUGAGGAAAACUUACAAAGGCAUUUGAGGGAGAUGCAGCGAAACUCACAAAGUCAGAUGAGGGAGACACAGCAACUUCAGGAAAACUUACAAAGUCAGCUUAGGGAGAUGCGGCAGCGAUUUGAAAACUCCCAAGAACGGGUUUCCACCUUAGAAACACAGCGGAGAGACAAAGACCAGGAAGUAAAUGAGCUUGUGUUAAGUCUUUCGUUAGCCCAGCAAACAAUAAGUGAACAGCAACAACAGGAAUCAUGCGAUUGGGUCAUUUCCCGUGAUGAAAUUCAAAUGACCAAUAAAUGCCUUGGCAGGGGAGGCUGGGGAAGUGUUUAUGAAGGCGUGUAUUGUGGCUGUACUGUAGCCGUAAAGCAAAUUCAUGAUCUGAUUCUUUCCCCCCAUAACAUACGUCUUUUUGAGAGAGAAAUGAAUAUUGCAUCCAAGUGCCGCCAUCCUCACUUGCUGCAGUUUAUCGGCGCCACUAUUGAUGAGGAAACCCUCUGUUUGUGA